AACAUAAAACGUUUUACAUAAUUCUAAUCAUAAAACAUUUUCUUUAUUUAUAUUCUUGGAAAGAUAGCCGGAAGGAAUGUGCUUCAUACAUGGCCAGCUUGCCUGUAUCAUUCCGCUAUGAAUAUCUGAUGGCAGAAACUAUAUUCUCUCAGCUAAUGUUUCUUCCUCAGCCACCAUUUAGGCCCAUCUAUUACACGUUGGUAAUCAUUGAUCUGUGCAAGGCCUUACCUGGUGCAUUUCCUGCUGUUGUGGCUGGAGCUGUUCGUGCCCUUUUUGAUAGAAUUGCUGAUCUCGAUAUGGAAUGUCGCACUAGACUGAUUCUAUGGUUUUCUCAUCAUUUGUCAAACUUUCAGUACUUUUGGCCUUGGGAAGAAUGGGCUCAUGUUAAAGAUCUUCCAAGAUGGGCGCCACAGAGAGUAUUUGUACAAGAAGUGUUAGAAAGGGAAGUUCGUUUGUCAUACUGGGAUAAAAUCAAGCAGAGCAUUGAGAAUGCAUCUGCACUUGAGGAAUUGCUUCCACCAAAGAGUGGACCCAACUUCAAGUACAAUUCUGAAGACGAUCAAGGUUAUGCUCUUUCUAGAGAGUUGCGCAUCAUGAUUAGGGGAAGGAAGACAGCUCGUGAAAUCAGUCCAUGGGUUGAGGAAAAUAUAAUUAAAGUUCAUGGGCCCAAGUUUGCACUUGAAGUUGUUAUUCAGACCCUUCUGGAUAUUGGUUCAAAAAGUUUCACACAUCUUAUAACUGUGUUAGAAAGAUAUGGCCAAGUCAUCACAAAGUUAUGUGCUACUCAGGAUAUGCAAGUUUUGUUAAUAGAUGAAGUGAGUUCCUAUUGGAAGAACAGUACGCAGAUGACUGCUAUUGCCAUUGAUCGCAUGAUGGGUUAUCGGCUUAUCUGCAAUUUGGCUAUCAUUAAUUGGGUCUUUUCUUUACCUAAUAUUGAGCAAUUUCAUGUUUCAGAUCGUCCAUGGGAGGUUCUUAGGAAUGCGAUCAACAAGACUUACAACCGCAUCACUGACUUGAGGAAGGAAAUUCAAACACUUGAGAAAGGUGUUUCCGUAGCUGAGGAAACUGCAUCGAAGGCUUUGAAGGAGUUUGAGGCUGCUGAUGCUAGGCUUGAGGUUGUGGAUGGUCAACCUGUGCAAGCUGAAAAACCAGGAAGAUUGAAGCGCCUAAAAGGAUAUGCUGAGAAGGCAAAAGAGGAAGAAGUAUCAGUACGAGAAUCUUUGGAAGCCAAGGAAGCUCUCUUUGCUCGAGCUCUCGAAGAAAAUAAGAUAUUAUUUGUGUCUUUAUAUAAAAGCUUCACAAAUGUGCUUAUGGAGCGGCUGCCUCCUGUAUCUGAUAAUGGAGAUUUGCCAAAACUGCGUCCUGAAAAGAUUGACGCUAUGUCCGUAGAUUUGGAAGAGCCGCCUUCCAUGGAGGUAGACCAUGAUAAUGGCCAAAAAGAUGAAAGUGAAAAUAAUGGUGAAAGAGUAACUCACAACUACGACAUCAAGGAACAAGAUCAGUGGUGCCUGUGCACAUUGGGUUAUCUCAAAGCAAUUUCAAGGCAAUAUGCAACAGAGAUUUGGCCACACAUUGAAACACUGGAGGCUGAGAUCUUCAGCGAAGAUACCCAUCCGCUUAUCAAAAAAGCCGUCCUCUCUGGUCUAUGCCGUAAGAUGGUGGAACUUUGAUGCACUUGAUAACUUUAUUUGUUUUUACCUUUUUUUUUUUAAACAUGGUCAUUGCAUGUUUCAAAGAAAACAAAAUGCGCCAAUGAUUGCUUGUCUUAGCCCAAACAUUGUCCUGUAACCUAAGUUUUGGAAUGAUAUUUUGCUUAUUUUUCUAUGCUAAUUCUGUGAACUUAGUCAAA